AUGAGCCGACCGGGUAGAUAUCAUUGCCAAGCCCUGGAUGAGGCUCUUCGCGGACUAUCUCGCCCUUUCCCGUUGUCGCCGGCCCCAGUCCCUGCAUGCCCGCUUCCCUUCGCCGCCAAGCUUGUCGCCCGUCUCGCAGAGAUCCGCCACCCCCACCAGAAAGAUGAUGAGUUGAGAGGCAUCCUCCUAUCCCUCAAAGCAGAUGAAGUCGCGCGCUUAGAACGCCUGGGAGAAGACGGGAGUGUGGACGACUUCGCGGAAGACGACGGAGUUCUCGGUAAUGCUGACGAGCUUCUGGCUCGAGAGCGUAUGGGCGGAGCCGAGCUAAUUAUUCUCCCUAUCGAUGACGAGGGCAUGCAGCGCAUGAUGGACGAGGAGGCCGAUGCGUGCCGUGGGCAGUUCUGGCUACGCCAGCUAGACGGAGAUUACACCCCGGACGUCAAGUCUUCGGACGUUUCCGAGCCUGGGCAAGAAAUUUGGGCCGGUUCUCCUUUCACCCACAUCGACGCAAGAUCGACGAGAUACUCCACGGGGAUGAUGAUCUAA